AUGGCUACUGCCUCAUCAUCAUCUUCUUCAUACGACUUUUCUAAAACCAUCUAUUCAAAAAUUGAUUUUACUCGUCUAAAAAACAUUCUACCAUCAUCACCAAAAAUCGUUGCAAUAAAUCCAUCUUCUGAUUUAAUUCGUGAAGAUGACACAGAUGAUUCAAAAUUCUAUAAUAUACCGCGUUUUGUACAUCAUAUUGAUGAUCGUGCACGUUAUGUUUUAUCUCAAUUCUAUACUUAUGUAGUCAAGCAAACAAAAGAGACGAUGAUAUUAGAUUUAUGUUCAUCAUGGACCUCACAUUUGCCAGAAAAUAUUGUUGGCCUUGUUCAUGGUCUCGGCAUGAACGAAUCUGAAUUAAAAUAUAAUCCAUCUCUCAGCAAUGGUUACACCGUUCAAAAUUUAAAUACAAAUCCAUCUCUUACACAAUUCCCUUCUAAUUCAUUCGAUUCGGUUCUUUGUUCUGUUUCUGUUGAUUAUCUUAUUUAUCCGUUAGAAGUAUUCAAUGAAAUUGGACGUAUAUUAAAACCGAGUGGUCAGUUUAUUACUUCGUUUUCUAAUCGUUGUUUUCCAACAAAAGUUAUUGGAAGAUGGAUGAAGAUGAAUGAACAGCAGCGUGUUGAGUGGGUUGCAAACUACUUCUUAUUGACGAACACAUAUUUUGAUCCAAAGACAGUGAAAGCAUACUCAUUUUUUGAUAAUAUGUUUUUGCCAGCGAGAUAUGGUGAAUUUCGCGAUCCGAUGUAUAUUGUUCUUGGACAGAAGAAAACAGCAUAA